AUGCACCUGCUCAGGAGGAACUUGAUAAAAACUGAGAAACUUGUAAAGCUCAAAUGUUUAGGGUGUUUGAAGAAUACAACCAUGGCACAGCAGCAAACUUUAGGACGAUUUUUUGGCUCGAGUGCAUCGAUACAAGCCUCAAAACCGAAAGCAAAAGCAAAAGCAGAAAAAACCACUACAUCGCCCACUAAAUCAGCACCAAUCAAACUCACAAAGAGAGCCAAUUCCUUGGACAAGAAUGGUGAUGUUACCUCCAGUCUAUCGGCCAAGAAACGAAAAGUGACUGAAAGUAAUCAGGAUUAUGAGGAUGCAAACUUGUCGCUUAACAAUGACCGUUCCAGUCAAGAAAAUAAUUCGGAAGAGAUGGACAGUGAAAUGACUACAGAAAACAAUGAAAAGGAAAAAGAAGAAGCAAAGUCUUUGAUUAAGUUGAGUGAGGAACAACAAAAGAAUAAAACUCAAGGAUCCGAGAAUCAAAAAUCACUUGCAACAGCAAAGAUCCCAUACUCUUUAUUAACGGACAUUUUUGAGUCUAUCGAACACGAAUCAUCUAGGUUGAAAAUCACCGCGAUUAUAUCGCAGUUCUUUCUUGAGAUUUUGCAGCAGCAGCAGCAAGAAGGAGAUGUUUCCAAAUUGGUCAAAAUUGUUUAUCUAUUCAUCAACAGGUUGGGUCCAGACUAUGAACCUGAUUUAGAAUUGGGCCUUGGAGAAACCUUGUUGAUUAAAGCCAUUAGUGAGUGUUACGGCAGAACCCCAACAAAAAUCAAACAAGACUACAAGGAGGUUGGAGAUUUGGGUCUAGUGGCACAGAAAUCUAGAUCUGGUCAACCAACGAUGUUCAAAUCUGCAGAUUUGGAUGUGGACACAGUAUUUGAAAACUUGACCAAGAUCGCCAAGUCUACCGGAAAAGAUUCGCAACUGAAAAAGAUUGGAAUCAUCAACAAGAUGUUGACUGCGUGUCAAUUAAAGCACAAUGAAGCCAAAUUUCUCAUCCGCUCAUUGGAAGGUAAACUAAGGAUUGGGUUGGCCGAGAAAACUGUGCUCGUUGGAUUAGCGCAAGCAUUUGUUAAUUUUGAAGCUUGGAAAAACAAUGGAAACAAUAAAAGAAUUGACCCUGCAAAACUUGUAGAGGCCGAAGAUACUAUGCGUGAGGCAUUUACACGGAUCCCAAAUUACCAGGUACUUAUCGAAAACGCAUACAAGUACGGCAUUUUUAAUUUACUUGACCAUAGUCAGCUUACCCCGGGCAUACCAUUGAAACCUAUGUUGGCAAAACCAACAAAAUCAAUGAGUGAAGUUUUAGAUAGAUUUCAAGAUGAAAAGUUCACUUGUGAAUACAAGUAUGACGGAGAAAGGGCUCAAGUGCAUUUGUCUUCUGAUGGCCAAGUACGGAUCUAUUCGAGAAACUCAGAGGACAUGUCGCAGAGGUAUCCUGAUUUAAUUUCAAUUAUCAAAGAGUUUAGCAAAACUCAAGAACAUACCUCAAUGAUUUUGGAUUGCGAGGCUGUUGCUUGGGAUAGAGUUCAGAAAAAGAUUUUGCCAUUCCAAGUCUUAUCUACAAGAAAGAGGAAAGAUGUGAAUGAGAAAGACAUUACCGUUUUCAUCUGCUUAUUUGCAUUUGAUAUCUUGUAUUACAACAACACAUCAUUAAUCACAAAGUCUCUCAAAGAGAGACGCGAAAUUAUGUUUAAGCAUUUGACUCCUAUCGAAGGUAAGUUUCAGUUUGCAACAUCAAAGGACUCUACCUCACUAGAGGUUUUGCAACAAUUCUUAGAUCAAAGUGUCAAAGACUCGUGUGAAGGUUUGAUGGUGAAGAUGCUAGAGGGUACUGAAUCAUAUUAUGAACCCUCAAAAAGAUCUAGAAACUGGUUAAAGUUGAAGAAAGAUUACCUCGAGGGUGUUGGAGACUCCUUGGAUCUUGUGGUUAUUGGUGCAUAUAGUGGGCGUGGUAAACGAACAGGAACAUAUGGUGGGUUUUUGUUGGCUUCAUACAACCAAGAUACUGGGGAUUUGGAGACAACAUGUAAAAUAGGUACAGGGUUCAGCGAGGAGGACUUGGCAAAACUAUAUGAGAGAUUACACCCCACCGAGAUCCCCAAGGCAAAGGAAUACUUUGUUUAUGACAAGACAAAUUCAAAUGCCGUGCCGGAUGUAUGGUUUGAGCCUAGUGUACUAUUUGAAGUUUUAACUGCUGAUUUGUCGUUAAGUCCUAUAUACAAGGCAGCGCAUAGUGAAUAUGGUAAGGGAAUAUCAUUGAGGUUUCCUAGAUUCUUACGUCUUCGUGACGACAAAGAUAUAGAAGAUGCAACCAGCUCUACCCAGGUGAGUGAAUUUUACCAGCGUCAAGCCCACCUCCUGUAA